UAGUGCCAGAGCGAUUUAAUACGGGAGGGAGUCGAGUCGAAUGAGCUAUUGAGGUUCCCAAAUAACGGGAACAAACAGACAGACACACAGGCGGAUGGACGGACAGAUAGGCAAGUGAUACUAAAAACGAUACAACGUAGCAGGUUCAGGGCUUUUUUCUGUUUUGUUUUCAUUUUUGUGUACGCUGGUUUUAUUUAUUUAUUUAUCGAUUGAUUGCGUUUUAAUUACUAGCCUACCCUGUGACAGAAAGAGAGAGAGACAGAGAGAGAGGAGGAGGUAGAGCGAAGGCCAACCGAGCACGUGUAGUCUUACUUAUUAUUUAUUUAUUUAAAUUACUGUAAUUAUUUAAUUGAUUUUCAAAAGACUUGCGCUUUACACGUAGGCUACGUGUGGAUGUGGUGAGAUAUUGAAAGCUAGAAACCAAAUAAAUCAACCAAAAACAAAGAAAAAGAAAAAAACCAAAAACAAACGCAAACACGAACACCUCAGCUACUGUUCUUUAUAGCUUACGGAUGCCAGAACUAAGAAAUCUCUGUUGUGUCGAAAUAAUUAAUCCUAAUAGUUGUAUUUACAAGCUAAAACCAAAGCAAAUCCAAAAGAAGGACACGAGGCCAUCGACUGUUAAGCCGAAUGUUCUCAUAUUCAUCUCUGCAGGGAAUACAGAGAGUCAGAGGAAAGAAUGAACACGAAAGAAAAUGAGAAUAUGUAUGAAAACAUAUCGAACGGGUCUUCUCUGGACUGUUACAGCUACAGCAACCCAUGAGAAACGACGACAGAAACGCCAGAUAGGAAAAACGAGCACUAUUAGGCCAUAAUAAUAAUAAUAAUAAUAAUAAUAAUAAUAAUAAUAAUAGAGACAAAAAGACUAAUAAAUGUAUAAUCGUAUAGUGUAGCCGCAAAAGAAAAAACAAACAAACAAACAAACAAACAAAAAACCAGUCCUAUCCGUCUGUUGUGUUAGUUUGAGCUGACAACUGUUCUUCUUUUAUUAAAACACAACCACGCAAUCAUUGGAAAGACAGUCUGUAUCUAUACAUAGCUAAUUACACAAGACGACACCAAAAUAAUGUUAAAUUGAAUUUAAUAUACGCACAUUUAUUGGAUAUUUCAGCUGACGUUUAAAGUACCAAAUACAUUUUUGUAAGUGUCUACCUGGAAAACAAGCGAAGAUAAAGAGAAGAAAAGACCAAGAUUAGUGCCGUUACAACUGUAGCUUAACUAUUUAAAUUAAGAAGACGAAGGAUCAUGUUUGUUCCCUUGCCGGUGCCGUUCGUCUUUCAGAGAACUGCUCCCGACCUCAACGCCUGGUGUCUCAAAUCCCCGCUGGCUCUGCGAUCCAACUCCGAUAUCAGAAUGUCAAAGCCAGUAGAAGAGAAACCUGGGGUUGACUUUCCAAUGGAGAGCACAGACUCGGACAGAAACGGGCCCAACUUCAACAAUCAGGUUCAGCAAAUGAAAAUCCCUCCUUUCUGCCUCUCUUCCUCUCUGGGAAACACCAAGGGCAAAAUGGAGGAGUGUGGCGAGAUGUCCCCCGCCCAUGGCCCCGCCCACGGCCCCACCCACACCCCCGCCCCCUCACAAGCUACCCUCCCCCACACGCCGCUCAUGCUGGCAGGGAGUCAGCUGGCCGGGGACAUCCAGCAGCUCUUGCAGCUGCAGCAGCUGGUUCUGGUGCCUGGACACCACUUGCAGUCACCUGCGCAGUUCCUCUUGCCGCAGGCACAGCAAGGGCAGCAAGGCCUGCUAUCGACACCAAAUUUAAUUUCACUACCUCAACAAAACCAAGGGGGGCUCCUGUCAACUCCCUCCAGACUGGGCCUCCAAGCACAGAGAGACAAGGGUAUUGACGGUAGUGUGACGUUAGCCUCCGGUGUGACAGCUCACCCUGAGGAGCCGAGCGACCUGGAAGAGCUGGAGCAGUUUGCACGCACCUUUAAACAGAGGAGAAUCAAGCUGGGCUUCACACAGGGUGACGUGGGGAUGGCUAUGGGGAAGCUCUAUGGUAACGACUUCAGCCAGACCACCAUCUCCCGCUUCGAGGCCCUGAACCUCAGCUUCAAGAACAUGUGCAAGCUGAAGCCCCUGCUUGAGAAGUGGCUCACUGACGCAGAGACCAUGGCGAUAGACUGCACUCUCCCCAGCCCCAGCUCUCUCUCCUCUCCCACCCUGAGCUUCGAGGGGCUGCCCGGGCGCCGCAGGAAGAAGCGCACCAGCAUCGAGACCAACAUCCGCGUGGCCUUGGAACGCAACUUCAUCGCGAACCAGAAGCCUACCUCAGAGGAGAUCCUGCAUAUGGCGGAGCACCUGAAUAUGGAGAAGGAGGUGAUCCGGGUCUGGUUCUGCAACCGGCGCCAGAAAGAGAAACGCAUCAACCCCUCCAGCGUCACCCCCCCCUUGCCCAGCCAGCCCCCCCCUGUGACGCACAAACCCCCCUGCUACAGCCCACACAUGAUGUCCGGUCAGGGACUGUCCCCAGCUGUCACCAGCCUUUGCACCGCAGUAACCACAACAUCUUCAGCGAUGUGCCCUCUGACACCAAGCAGCCCAGUGGUUAUCGGCUCCUCCCCUUCUCCAGUGACCCCGCCCCCCUGCAGCACCGCCAGCCCCGCCCCUCCCAGCCACAGUGCGCUGAGCCUCAACCCGAGCUUGUGGUGUACUGGUAAAAAGAAUGGUGACGUGUCUAACUACAUCACCAAUAUGGCCGCCAAUCUGAGGAACACAGCGAUGGGGGUAAACGCAGGGAGGAGCCAAGCUCUCAUCAGCAGCAACCCCCUGGCUACCCUGCAAGCUCUGGCAGCCAGUGGUGGUCAGCUGCCCAUUUCCAGCCUUGAAGGGGGCGGCGCUGUGAUGCUGGGUGGCACGGGGGGCUCAGCAGGAGGGGGUCUGCCUUCCUCCCUUUUCCUCAACCACUCCUCCAUACUGCCCCUGACGCCCGGAUCCGGCAUGGGAUUGGUCGGCGCCUCCAUGGCCAAGGCCGCCCCGGCGCCCUCGCUUCCCCCCAUCGGCAGCGUGAGCGUGAGCCCCGGCUCCUGCUCCCCCGCUUCCUGCCUGAGCCCCGCCUCUUCCUGCUCCUUCAGCGAAGCGGGGCACAGCCCGCUGGAUCUGGGAGGGCCCCAGGCCGAGUGACGCACCCAGAAAGGCCAAUCACAGGAGGAGGAGGAGGAGCCGGAGCCGGAGGAGGAGGAGCGAACAGAGGAAACGGAAAACCUCACCUUUCAACCAAAGCCGUCUCUCUCUCUCUCCCUGCCUCCCUCCUGCCGUCUCUCACUUCCUUUCUUUCUCUCUCUCUCCGAGUCUUUCAAAGCCAAAAAUACACAGAAUGGAAGAGAGGAGAGGGGAGAAGGAAUGGAGUGUAGGAGGGAAAAGGAGAACGGGAGAGAUUUAAACCAAAAAUGAUCUAACAUUACCUAUACAGAUGGAGAGGAGGCAUUGUGGGAGUUUUUUUGUCACUUAAGAGUGAAGACUGCACCUUGUCUGUUUUCUUUAGUGAAAGGAUUAACAGAAAGGUCAGGGACGCGUGUUGAUUCCUGAGAAUCAAAACUGUUCCUGUGUGUGAAAGGACGACAAGGGAAAAAACAGAAGGACUUUGGGAAGGUCAGUAAAGGGAAAAGAAAAUAAAGGAUUUUAAAGCCAAAAGAAAAGAAACGGAAAGAAAAGGAGAGAAUGACAAAAAAAUGACAACCAUGCCAAAAUCCCCUAAACCAAAAUACCAAAAACCGAAACCAAAAAAACGGAUGGAAAAGCUUUAACUAAAAGACCUGUAAAAUACUGACCGUCCAGGACCAGACAACAAACACAAACAACACCAAACCAUCCAUUGUUCUUUUUUUAUUCAUUUUUGUAUUGCACUUAUUUUACAUUGACAUCUAUUAUUAAUACAAAUCGUUUGUGUUUUUAUAAAUAUUUUAUGUUUGAAUGAGCUGAGCUCAGAUAUGUAUAUUGCGUAGUUAUGUCAGUGUCUCUGUACCUACCUCUUACCUUUAGCUCUGUGAACAUCUGGUAGACUCUCUUUGCGAUUUCACAUGCGGAAGAGUGGGUGCCUGUUCCUUUCAAAAGAUUUAAUUUUAGAAGAUUUACAAGGAAUAAUUAUUCUUUAUUUAUUUAUUCAUUCUAUAUGUUCGCUGUUUAUGUGGUCAGUGGUCCGUUCUUGUUAUUGUUAUCAUCGUCAUUACCAUUUUUAUAAUAUACUUUCUCAGUUUCCAAGAAAAAGGCAAGUUCAACUUCCGAAUCUGCGAUUUAGAUAGAGUGCCUGUCAUUGCAGUAGUAUGCAGCAGAGGUAUUCAUACACACGCACGCGCACACACACAAACACACACACUGACACAUGCAUGAAAUACAAACCAUGGCCACGCUCAUUGGACUCCACUUCCCAUAAUCCAGUGCCGCACAUCCUCUCAGACAAUAACGCACACUGAACGAAUGGAUACCUAACUGUCCUAACUAACUGCUGUGCACACAUUUCUUCUCUAGCAGGCACACACGUCUACACACACAUCCGUAGGCCCGUUUGGGUCAUUCACAGCAGCGUAGACUCAUGCUGUCAUCUGUUCGUGUGCGGCUCUGAAGUUCUAGCUUUGUGUGUGAAGAGAGCAUCGGUGAAGCAGCGAACGUGCGUCAGUGCGGGAACAUUGUUCCGUUGCCCUUUUGUCAUCCUUGUUAGACAGCCUUAAUAUCGUACCGUCGGCGUGGGUGGAUGGGCACACGUGGGCUUUUAGUCAUCCUUCACUUUCCUUUCUUCAUUCUUCUCUUCAUUCCAGAAAGUGUUCUUGUUUUUAAACAUUAACUCCAGAAUGCCAAAGCGUUUAUCCUACGGCUGUUUCUGAAGAACCGUAGGGUAGCUGUUCCUACAAAGAAUUCAGAGAAGAUGUCAGCCAUGACCAAAAAUAAAUAAAUAAAUAAAUAAAAAAUGCACACUUAAAAGAGAAGGACCAAAAAGCAACACCUUCCCCCCCACCCCUGUCCCUCUGACCUUUUCGACUGCAGCCAGCGGGGAGCACAGGUAGGGGGGGUACUGGUGGACCGCAUGGCGUGAAACUGAGAGAGACAUUGCCUCAUGAGCAAUGGUUAAAACCAAAAACCAAAAAAUGACCCAAAGUGAAGAAAAUGAAUGACAGCCAAACCAAAACCAAAUCAAGCCAAAUAUGGAUGGAGGAUGGAGGCCUCGUAGAGGGUGGAGCAGUCACGUCUGUCUGUCUGUCUGUCUGUCUGCCUGCCUGGCGAAAAUAGGCAGGCGCACAUGGAGGCCUGGACUCAUGCCCUCCCCCUCAAUCUCUCGCUCUCUCUGUCUCUCUGAAGUUCAUUUAUUCUGGUCCUGGACGGAGAAAUAUCGAAUGACCUCACUGAACUUAUAAAUACUUUUUCGUUUUUUCGCCUUUAUGGUCUAUCCAUUGAAGCUGUUUGAUUUUUGUCGUCUAGUUUCUCCUCUUUGGGAUAACGUCGCUUACUUUCACAUUUCUCUCAUUUUUGUUGUGCUAGAAAUUUUCAUAAGGUGGUUGCAAAAAAUACUGUGAAAACGUAGCUUCCAAAUUUUUUUUAUUAGACUGGAAAAAACAACCAAAAGAAAAAAAUCUGUCGUAAAAUAAGCCAAAACUUAAAACCAAAAGCAAAACUUUUGGGACAAACCAAAAAGUAAAGACACAAAACUAAGAACAAAGCUUUAUUACACCUGUCCUGUAACUACCCUCCCCAUCCCUCUUAAGUGGAAAGGGCUGGAUAAGUCAUAGUGACUGUGUGUGAGUGUCAGUUUGUGGAAGUGUACAGGGAAGUUUCAGGAAGAAUAUUUACUGUUUUCACAUAUACAUACAAACCAUGAACAAACCUACAUGCACAGAUUCAGACACGCACACUCAUGCAUCCAUGCACACACGUACCUGCAUGAACACCCACAUAAACAUGUCAGCACACACACACACAUGCUCAAACACACAUAAACAUAAAUGCGUAAGCAGUUAUACAUGUGUACUCAGACACAUAUCUUUCCUGUCUUUCUACACAAGAAACGUUUGGCCAAAGCAUGUGUGUGUAAAAAUGCGCAUACAGAAAUAUAUGGAAGUGUUUUAAUAGAAAUGGGAAAACAAAGAAGUGUCCAAAAUAAUAAGAAAAACAAGUUCUCAACAUUAACUUUUAGAUGGAAUGUAACUGUUUGUGCUUCUAUAGAUUUGUAGAAAAAAAGAUCUACUGCUUCUCCUUGUUCUACUGUUUACUUAUUGCUAAUGUAUAAAAAAUGAAGAAGACUUUGUGAAGAAGAUAAUGACUUGAUUUCCAGACCAAAAACUUCAGCUAUCUCUCGGGGGUUUUAGUUGGAAGAUUUUUAUUAUCUAUUCUGGGAGGCUGGGUGUUGCUGGUUUGAUUUAUUCACAUUUUAUAAACUGAGAACUGAUGUGUA